GCUGCGGCCCAGUCUGCGUGGUUGCUAGGGGAGCAGUGGAGUGGCAGGAAGAGUUUUCUGUGGGACUGUAAAAGUACGAGAUUUUUUCACUACAUCCAAGUGAGUUGGGAAAUAAAUUGCUGAAGCUCACUGAGGUUUUAAUGAAUACCACCACCAACUGAACAUACGUGUAUUGAAUGAAUAUAUGUGGCAGCUGCAGACAGAAACGGUGACUACCCGCUUUAUCCCAGGCAGGCCUGCUGGCAGAGAGAUCGCCGCAUGGUUUACACAUCACUAAGCUGCUCUCUAUUUUAUGCUGGAUGUAUCUCAUAAAGCUGAUGAGGUCUGAGAUGGCCACUAAUGGCCUCUAAUGGAGUUGAAGACGUGACGCUUGAGUCCGAUGGCACUGUCAGAGUAGAUUCUUUUAAACCUCCCAGAUGUUUCUCUCCGAGCACACUGCAGAGGAGAUUUAAGUACUUGGCUCCACCUCGGGGGCCCAUACAAUGUGGUCCUGGAACUCGGACUAAUGUGAGGGAUUUUCAGGACCGGAUCCGUUUUUUCUCAGGGAUUCCUCCACAGCGUGCCUACCUCUCAGUCAGCACCACAGCAAAUGGUGCUAGCACCUCAGAAGCUGCGACCAGGAUUGCCCUCCAUUCCAGUGUCUCUUUGCCUUUCGAUAGUCCUUGCGUUCUCGAACAGACUAUCCACAGCUACAGGCCUAACUGGCGACUCGAAUCCUUCAAGUUUAAGUCUGGAAUUUUGGGGAAGAGAGCCUUCUCAUCGCCCCAACCAGCAGUUUCUCCAGCCAAUCCCGUUUCCCCUCAUUGCCCCAUCCCCCCUAAGGCAAAUUCACUUGAGCCCUUGAACAAAACUGAAACUGACAUGCCAUUUACUCAGCGACCUACUCGGACCAACAAGCCUGCAAUAAACACAAAUACAUUUAUGAGACCCACCAGUGCAAAAGUGCCUUCCUACCACAAACUUGAUUCUAACACUGUACAGACAUAUUUGACUGCCUCUCAUUGUAAUGGGGAUAAAGGAGACAGUAAAAUUGAAAACCGAGCCACAAAGUUGAAUGGCCCUAUGCUGUUUCUGAAAACUAGCCCUUCUACUUUGAGUCGAGAAAAAAGAAAGGAUAUGAUCCUGGAGGAAAUCUCCUGGCAAGCACACACUUCUGAAGGCUGUGCAACACCUCUGAGGGCUGAGAGAAUGACCUGCAAGUCUGAGGGCAAUAUCAGUCACAGGUUGGAGAAGGCUGGAAAUGUCAACUCCGAGAUCAUGUUGACAAAGGCUGUGAGAAGAAUGUCUGGGAACAGCUCAGCGAAGAACAGAAUGUGGAAUGGGUUCUGCAGGCAGCCGCAAGGGCAUGAGGGGCACUCUGAGGAUUCUCAGUUGUCACACAGUAACGAGAGAAAGGCAACGGAGUCCCCUCAGGGAGAAUGCAUCUCACAGUCAUCAGUGAAAACCAGCAAUUCUCGCCAUAUCAAUGGCGACUCUGAUGGCAGCCAUAUGCAGAUGCAAGCAGUGGAGAGUUCGAACAUCAUUAAAGCACACAUUUUCAGUAACCUUUCUGAUGCUGUGGUGACCAAAGGGAAUGUUGAUGCUAUGCAGCAGAAGAGAGCGCCCCAGAAAACAGAUUCUUCCCAAAUGGCGUCUGUUUCAUUAGUGACCACACAGAUCUCUGCAAUACAGUUAAACAAGGAAACCAAGUCACAUAAGAGCGGAGAUGAGCGAGUUGACAUGGAGAUGAAAGAGCUUGGAGCUGACUAUGAUGAAAUGCAACAGGACCUCGAUGAAGACGGAGAUGAGGAGGAGCUUCCAGAUGCAUUGGAAGAGGAUGACAAUAGCCAGGAUGAUGAUGAGUCAGAUUGCUCUUCUGUGACAGAGGAGUCCUCGGCUUCAUCUGUGGUUGUUUAUAGGAGCUUCAUGGAAGAUUCCUCCCAGGUUUGCUCAAAUGACAGCAGGGUUUUGAAGCCUGCAUUGGUGCCAAGUUUAUUCUCCACAAAGCCUCCUACCAUCUACUUUAGCACUCCUGAUGAAAAAGUGGAGUUGCUACCUUUGAAACAGAGAAAGCUGCUAAGAUGGAAGAUGAGCUCAGUGACUCCUAAUGUGGUGAGGCACACCAUAGCACGUUCUCACUUUAAAGUCACUAAAAGAAACCAUGACUGGCUGGGCUGCUGGGGACACCACAUGAAAUCACCGGGAUUUAAGGCCAUCCAGGAACAUCAGAAGCUAAAUCACUUCCCAGGCUCCUUCCAGAUUGGACGGAAAGAUCGUCUAUGGCGUAACCUCUCCAAAAUGCAGGCUCGCUUUGGGAAAAAGGAAUUUAAUUUCUUUCCGCAAUCGUAUGUGCUGCCACAAGACAUAAAGCUGCUGAAGAAGUCCUGGGAAGAAGCUGGAAGCAAACAGAAAUGGAUUGUAAAACCGCCAGCAUCAGCCAGAGGAAUCGGGAUCCAGGUUAUUCACAAGUGGAACCAGCUGCCAAGGAGGAGACCUCUUCUCGUGCAAAAAUAUCUUAAUAAACCCUACCUCAUCAAUGGAUGCAAAUUUGACCUCAGGAUAUAUGUUUACGUCACAUCUUAUGAUCCUCUUCGAAUCUACAUGUUUACAGAUGGCUUGGUCCGUUUUGCCAGUUGCAAGUACUCCACUUCAAUGAAAAGCCUGAGCAACAAGUUUAUGCACUUAACCAAUUACAGUGUGAAUAAGAAGAAUUCAGAGUACAAACCAAACAGUGAUGAGAAAGCCUGUCAGGGUCACAAAUGGGCUUUGAAAGCACUGUGGAAUUAUCUCAGCCAAAAGGGAGUCAGCACAAAUGCGAUAUGGGAGAAAAUAAAGGACAUUGUGAUUAAAACCAUCAUUGCGUCAGACCCAUACGUGAACAGCCUGUUGAAGAUGCAUGUGCGCCGCCCCUACUGCUGCCACGAACUCUUUGGGUUUGACAUUAUGUUGGAUGAAAGUCUUAAACCUUGGAUCCUGGAGGUCAACAUCUCACCCAGCCUCCACUCCAACUCUGCUUUGGAUGUUGCCAUUAAGGGACAGAUGAUCAGCGACCUAUUGAACCUGGCAGGGUUCGUUCUGCCUCUCAAAGGAGACGUGACUGGCAGUCGUGUCAACAGCUCAACAAGCAGUAUGUCUGGACAAAUGAAAGAGAGGACAAGAUACACUGCAGAGCUUUCCUCCGAUGAGAAAGUGAAACGGGCUUACUUCUUGAGUCAGAGGUUUGCAGAUCAGGAAUUCUAUUCCAGUAUUCUUGAAGUUUUGACUGUGGAAGAUGUUCGGGUUUUGUCAGACACAGAAGAUGAGUUUUGCCGGCGAGGAGAGUUUGAGCGAGUGUAUCCUUCAUUUAGCUCCUCGCGCUAUCUCCGAUUCUUUGAGCAGCCACGAUAUCUGAAUAUUCUCUUGAACCAGUGGGAGCAGAAAUACUAUCUUAACAAAGUGAGAGGUAUUGAACUGCUUAGGAAUCUUUGUCAGAAAGGAGUCCAACUCGGAACCACGUGUGACCCUGCGCAUGUAUGGUCAAAAUCUCAUUCUAUCCAGAAGCCUGAAGCUCCAGUAAAUGGAAGUAUCAAACAAGAGACUGUUACAGUCAGUACAUCUGUUAAAAGGAAAAAAUGUGACGAGCUGACGGGGGACUUUGAGCAAAUAUCUUCCAAUCGGAGCCUUCCAACGAUUGGAGAGUUGGGGACCAAUGAUUACUUACUUUUACCACCAACUCCCAACAGCCUCCAUGACAUUACCCAGGCCUUGUAA